AUAUUUAUGAACAAAUUGUUCUAGUCGUAACAUAUUCACAUCAGUUUGAUACAAUCAUGGGUCGACUAACUACAGCUGAGAAGCAAUUCUACAAAGACAAUGGCUACAUUGUGCUGAAGAAGGUGCUUUCUGAUGAAGAAAUGAACGCCAUCAUCGAGGAGUAUGACAAGUUGUUCGCGAGGAAGAACCAGGACAAGAUGGAGAGCUCGUGGGUGGGCAGCGAUGCUGAUGACAGGAAGAACAACUCGGCGCAAACGGUGAAAGGCAUCCACAACCUGCAGUACCACCACGCGGUGUUCAACUCGUUCCUGUUCAGCCAGCGACUGCUGGACGCGCUGGAGGACGUGAUGGAGACUCCCAACAUCGUGCUGCAUCACACGAAGGCGCACUUCAAGCCGCCGGAGAAGGGCGCUGCCUAUCCUAUGCAUCAGGACUACCACUACUUCCCAUACAAGAAUGACUCCAUGAUAGCUGCCUUCCUGCACCUGGACGCAGCGGGACCUGAAAACGGGGGCCUGUUCGUGUACCCUGGAUCCCACAAGCUGGGGCCCCAGGAGGAUGUCGGAGCUCAGGAGAGCAAUUUCCAUUAUGUAGACCAGAGUAAGUUCCCGCUGGAGAAAGCGACGCCAGUGAUCGCGGACCGCGGCGACGUGGUGGUGUUCUCGUACCUGCUGGUGCACGGCAGCCCCCCCAACACCUCCACCCGGCCGCGUCGCAUGCUGCUGCUGCAAGCCGCCAGCGCCGACGACGAGCCCCUCGGCCCGCAGCCGCUCCGACCCGGCCAGGGCUGGCUGCUCAGGGGCGUCAACGUCAACAGAGAUGCCAGCAUAUCCAAGAGAUUUGAAACUGCUGAUGUCCUAAACGUACAAUAAAAUAAAACGAUAUGCUUAAAUAAAACACGAACCGACAAAAGAUAA